AUGGCAUCUCCCAGGCUUGAGACCUUCUGUUGCCCCAACCGGGAUGCUGCCACACAGCUGGUAAUGGAUUUCCAGCCCCAGGUGUUUAAUGGGGUGUGCCUUGGGAGUGCCUCUUUCAACUUGUUGCUGAGUGUGCUACAGCUCCUUCCCAAGAGGAGCCAGGGGCCCAAGAAGCUCCCCCAAACUUCCUCUGCCACCAUCCUGCUCUUCAUCUCUGCCUGUGAUCUUCUGGGCUGCCUAGGUAUCAUAUUCAGGUCUACAGUGUGGUUAGGAUUUCCAGAUUUCAUUGGAAAUAUCUCAGUGGUGAAUGGAACAGAUGUGUGGCCUGCUGCUUUCUGUGUAGGGAGUGCGAUGUGGAUCCAGCUGUUAUAUAGUGCCUGCUUCUGGUGGUUAUUUUGCUAUGCUGUAGAUGCCUAUUUGGUGAUAAGAAGAUCUGCAGGAUUAAGUACUAUUCUGCUCUACCAUAUAAUGGCAUGGGGCCUGGCAAUCCUCCUUUGUAUUGAGGGCAUUAUUAUGCUUUACUACCCUUCUGUCUUCAGUUGUGAAAACGGCUUGGAGCAUGCAAUUCCCCAUUAUGUGACUACCUAUGUUCCACUCCUGCUAGUUUUGUUGGCCAAUCCUCUUCUGUUCCGAAAGACAGUUAUGGCAGUGGCAUCUUUACUCAAAGGAAGACAAGGCAUCUACACAGAGAAUGAAAGGCGCUUAGGAGCAGUGAUUCAAAUUCGUUUUUUCAAAAUUAUGCUGGUGUUCAUUAUUUGCUGGUUGCCGAAUAUCAUCAAUGAAAGUCUUUUGUUCUACCUUGAAACACAGCCAGAUGUCAAUGGAAGCUCCUUGAAAAAUGUUAGAAAUGCAACCCUGAUCACAUGGUUUACUAUGGGAAUACUUAAUCCACUGCAAGGCUUUCUUUUCUCCUUGGCUUUUUAUGGCUGGACUGGAUGUCACUUGGACUUGAACUGUCACAAGAAAGAGAUACAAUGGGAAUCUAUGUCGACCUCCACUGUGGAACAUGCCUACACCUCACAAGUUGCCUCCUCCCUCAACUAUGAAAGCUAUGCGCCCAAGAAGACAGUAGUGGUGAAUGGGCAUAAUUCUGAUGAGGCACUAGGCAUGCUGUCAGAAGGUUCUGAUGCCAGCACAAUUGAAAUUCACAUUGCAAGUGGGGCCCAAAACUUAAAUGCUGCUGUUGCUGCUGCUGCUGCUGCUCCAGAGGGAAGCAAGGGGAAAUCAUGA